AUGCCGUCAAUGGUCCCGUCGCGGAGCGAAUCUUCCUAUGUUCUGAACCAAAUAAUCAUAUCCCCUUCCGAUACCGACUAUCUAGACCAAUUGAUACCUUCGAUCAAGGAAUACAGCGUUGGUAACAAGACUUCCGAGCUAUUGGGCUCUCUUUCGAGGUUUGCUAGCGACAAGGAGGCCGAGAUUGAGACCAUCUGCAACACAAAUCAUCAGGAAUUCGUCUCAUCUGUCAAUCAGCUUCUGCAUAUCAGAGAGGGUACAGUCAGCCUAACGGUGGAGAUCUUGGACCUGAAUCAAUCCAUUCAAGCGAGCACAGAGAAACUAGCCGAGCAAAAAAAGGCCUUGGUAGACUCAAGGCGGCAUCGUCAAAACAUUGAUGAGACGUCCCGUGCCAUACAAGAUUGCCUAGAAGUCCUUCGACUCGCAAACCAAGUCCACGAUCUCCUGGCAAAAAAGAACCACUAUGCUGCGCUUCGUGCCCUGGAAGAGCUUCAGAAUGUUCACCUUAAGGGUGUGACGCAAUAUCAAAUUGCUGAAAUGAUUCAGCGCUCCGUUCCAGCAACUCAGAAGGCUAUAGCUGAAGCUGUCAUGUCGGAUCUAAACACCUGGCUAUACAGGAUUCGAGAAAUGUCCCAAUAUCUCGGAGAGAUAGCACUGUACCAUACAGACUUGCGCAAAACGAGACAAAGGGAGAGAGCCAUAAAAAUGCCGUACCUUGAGCACUUCAAGUUGAAUUCCGCGAUCGAGCUAGUUUCGGAUGAGCACGAGGAAUAUGAUCUGCUUCAGAACGAGGAACUUCAGGUUGAUUUUACCCCACUCUUCGAAUGCCUACAUAUCCACCAAUCGCUAGGGCAAAUCGAAAAGUUUCGGGUUGAAUAUGCAAACACCCGCAGUCGACAAAAGGAACUUUUGAUUCCAACCUCCAUUACCCUAGUCGAUGAUGAUGGGGCAAGUCUACAUAAUCUUCUCGAAGAAAUGGCCGGCUUCGCCAUUGUUGAGCGGGCCACGAUGAAGAAGGUCCCAGAUAUGAGGUAUCCGGUUGAUGUUGAUGAAUUAUGGGAGUCUAUGUGCAAGACAGCCGUGACUUUGAUAUCAAAGGCUCUGUACGAGGUUGACAAUGCUGAAAGUCUACUAAAAAUAAAAAACCUCAUCGCGUUGUUCAUGCAGACAAUGAACAAAUAUGCCGAGCUUCUCAAAAGGAGAUUCAGCGACGACUUCCAAGAAAUUGUUUCCACGGACGACUACAUGCCCAUGCCGAUCCAAACCCCUGAGGAGUUUGACAAAGUCCUCAAUGUUAGCUGGUAUAACCCCGAUAAGCCGCAAGAUCAAGUUUUCCCUUGCGUUCUGCCCUUCUCGCAGAUGUACCCGUUGUGCUGCAUCGACAUCCGAAAUUUCCUCAAUCAAUUCUAUUUCUUCGCCAAUGACGACUUUUCGAACCCAGAUAUAAUCGACGAAACCCUCAAGGAUGCACUGGACGAACUUCUUUCUGACAAAGUAUGCGACACACUAGUAGAGCGCCUUAACUCCCAGUACCUCGGGCAGAUCGUCCAGAUUCUUAUCAAUUUGGAACAUUUCGAGCAUGCGUGUCAUGAGCUUGAGCUAUUACUUGCGGCGGCUAGGUCACAGAGUUCCUCCAGCGACCCAGUGUGUUUGAAAGCGACGGGGAAGUUCAGAGAUAACAAAAAAGCAGCGGAGAAACGAAUAUUCGAAGUUGUGAAUUCCAAAAUUGAUGACCUUAUUGAGACCGCAGAAUACGACUGGAUGUCUCCUGUUGCGCCUACAGAACCCAGCAGCUACAUGCAAACUCUGACCCGGUUCCUUUCAAAUAUCAUGAAUUCGACGCUUCUUGGACUUCCAAAGGAAAUCAAAGAACUUAUUUACUUCGAUGCUCUCAGCCAUGCCUCCACCAUGAUCUUGGCUCUCCCACUUUCACCGGAAGUGAAACGUAUCAACCCCAACGGGGUGUUGGCCCUUGCCAAAGAUGUCGAGUACUUGUAUCUCUUCGUUGACAGUCUCAAUAACCCUAUCCUUCGGGAGAAUUUGGAUGAGCUGCAGCAGACGGUGCAGUUGAUGCAAGCAGAUAAUGCCGAUGAGUUCUACGAUAUCUCAAUGCGGAACAAGAAAUAUGGGCGUGUGGACGCCAUCAACGGCCCAACUUUAUUGGAAAAACUUACGCACACAGUCCAGAGUCCUGUAAAGCUGGACAAGUUUUCUACACUUUCGUCGAGAUUUGGAAAGAAAUCUUAG